CUGACGUCACCCACUGCCCCCACUGCCUGGCCAAGGGGCGGUGGCCGCGCAGGCUCGGCGGGGCGGCGGCACCGACUGACGGAGGGUCGGAAGGACUGAGGGACGGGCGGGCGCACGGCCAGGCCAUGCCUGGGGAGGCUGCCCGCGCCGAGCUGCUGCUGCCCGAGGCGGACGGACCCGGGCCCCGCACAGAUCUGUCCUGCGAUGCAGCUGCUGCCACCACCAUCCUGGGAGGGGACCGGCGGGAGCCCUGUGCUCUGACCCCAGGGCCCAGCCACCUGGCCCUCACGUUCCUGCCCAGCAAGCCGGGUGCCCGGCCCCAGCCUGAGGGAGCCAGCUGGGAUGCAGGGCCUGGUGGGGCACCCUCAGCCUGGGCAGAUCCAGGGGAGGGCGGCCCGAGCCCCAUGCUCCUCCCUGAGGGCCUGUCUUCCCAGGCUCUGUCCACCGAGGCUCCUCUCCCAGCCACCCUGGAGCCCCGGAUUGUGAUGGGAGAGGAGACGUGCCAAGCCCUCCUGUCACCCAGGGCUGCCCGGACAGCGCUCAGGGACCGGGAGGGUGGGCAUGCAAGCCCAGACCCACCCCCCGAGUUGUGUUCUCAGGGUGAUCUUUCUGUGCCUUCCCCUCCCCCAGACCCUGAUUCCUUCUUUACACCUCCCUCCACCCCCACCAAGACCACCUAUGCCCUGCUUCCCGGCUGUGGGCCCCUUGGAGAUGCGGGGGACUCAGAGGCUGAGCUGUGGGAUGAGCUGCUGGACUCGCCCCCGCCCUCCCCCUCGGGUUCCUACAUUACGGCCGAUGGGGACAGCUGGGCCUCUUCACCCUCCUGUUCCCUCAGCCUGCUGGCUCCAGCUGAAGGGCUGGACUUCCCCUCAGGCUGGGGCCUGUCCCCGCAGGGGUCCAUGGCGGAUGAACGAGAGCUGCACCCUGCCGGAACCCCAGAGCCCCCCUCCUCUGAGUCCAGCCUCUCUGCAGACAGCAGCUCCUCCUGGGGCCAGGAGAGCCACUUCUUUGACCUGGACUUCCUGGCCAAUGACCCGAUGAUCCCUGCAGCCCUCCUACCCUUCCAGGGCAGCCUCAUCUUCCAGGUGGAGGCAGUGGAGGUGACACCGCUAUCCCCAGAGGAAGAAGAGGAGGCUGUGGCGGAUCCCGACCCAGGUGGGGACCUGGCUGGGGAGGGUGAGGAGGACAGCACGUCCGCCUCCUUCCUGCAGUCGCUGUCUGACCUGUCCAUCACGGAGGGCAUGGAUGAGGCCUUUGCCUUCCGAGACGACACCUCUGCAGCCUCCUCUGAUUCGGACUCAGCCUCCUACGCAGAGGCAGAUGACGAGAGGCUGUACAGCGGGGAGCCCCAUGCCCAGGCCACCCUCCUCCAGGACAGUGUCCAGAAGACAGAGGAGGAGAGCGGAGGUGGGGCCAAGGGGCUGCAGGUUCAGGAAGGGACUAUGUCCUGGGCCCUGGAGGCUGCGCCUCAGACCUCAGACAGAGGGGCCCAUCUCUCCCAGAGACAGGAAUCGAUCUCAGAAGUAACAGAAGAGGGCCUUGCUUUAGGCCAGGAGUCCACUGCCACUGUGACCCCUCACACUCUGCAGGUAGCCCCAGGCCUCCAGGUGGAGGCGGCUACCAGGGUGACCCCUCAGGCUGGGGAGGAAAACGCGGACUCCACCACUGGACAAGCAUCUGCUGCCAUGGCAAUGCCUCAGCCCUCCCAGGAGGGCAUCAGCGAGAUCUUAGGCCAAGAGUCUGUCACUGCAGAAAAACUUCCAGCUCUACAGGAAGAAACAAGCCUCACAUUGUGUCCAGACUCUCCUCAGAACUUGAAGGAAGAAGGAGGGCUGGACCUCCCCUCUGGCCCAAAGCCUGUGGCUGCAGCCUCACUUGUACCCCAGCAGGCUGAAGAGGACCCCACCUUACCCCGGGACCCCGCUGUGACACCACCUCUGCCCUCCGCUGUGACACCUUCACCUCUGCCCCUACAAGAGCAGAUCUCUCUAUCAGCCCCAAAUACAUGCAGAUCUCUCGUCAGCCCUCGGCCUGUGGCUGCAGCCUCGCUUGUGCCCCAGCAGGCUGAAGAGGACCCCACCUUACCCCAGGACUCUGCUAUGACACCACCUCUGCCUCUGCAAGACACAGGCCCCACCUCAGGUCCGGAGCCUCUGGCUGUGGCCACCCCUCAGACCUUGCAGGCAGAAGCAGGCUGCACCCCAGGGACAGAGCCUGUGGCCACCAUGGCUCAGCAGGAAGUAGGUACGGCCUUAGGCCCCAGGCCAGCACCUGAGGAGAAGAAUGCAGCCCUCUCUAGAGUCCCGGAGCCUGCAGCCUUGGACCAGGUCCAACAGGAUGACCCACAGCCAGCUGCAGAAGCUGGGACACCUUGGGCCACACAGGAAGAUGCGGAUUUGACUUUGGGCAUGGAGGCCCUCUGUCUCCCUGAGCCUGCCUCUGGUGCUGGGGAGGAAGUAGCAGAAGCCGUUUCUAGGCCUGGAUGGGAAGCAUGUCUGGAAGCCCUAGUGCACACAGGUGAUGGGGCUAAGCCUGACUCACCCCAAAAGGAGACCCUGGAGGUUGAGAACCAGCAGGGAGGAGGCCUCAAGCCACCGGCACAGGAACAUGGACCCGGGUCAACACUUGGAGGUGCAGGGGAGGUCCCCGAGGCACGUCCUGCUGCCUGCCCUGAGGUCAGCCAGGCCUGGCUCCUGAGCCCAGCCAGGGAAGGAAGAGGCCUGAGUGGCAAGUCCACACUGGAGCCCACGCUUCCCUCAGCUGUGGCCACAGAGGCCAGUCUGGACUCCUGCCCAGAAUCUUCAGUAGGGGCUGUGUCCAGGCUGGACAGAGGCUGCCCUGACGCACCUGCCCCCACAUCUGCACCAACCUCCCAGCAGCCGGAGCCUCCUGUGCUGGGUCUGGGCAGUGUUGAGCGACCCCACAAAGCACCCAGUGUCCUUGGCCCCCUCUUGCUGCAGCCCCCAGGAAACCUUGGCAAGGGUCUGCCCAGCGCACCCCCGGACAGGCCCCUGGGCUCUAAUCUUUCUGCUCCUGGUACCCUUGCUGGGGCAGCCCUACCCCCACUGGAGCCCCCAGCCCCCUGUCUGUGCCAGGACCUCCAGAAAGACUCCGUGGAAGAAGAGGAGCCCCCAGGCUCUCUGGGCCUCCCACCGCCCCAGGCAGGAGCCCAGCCUGCCGCUGCUGCUGUCUCAGGAACCACACAGCCUCUGGGGACUGGGCCGCGAGUCAGCCUCUUGCCUCACUCCCCGCUCCUCAGCCCCAAGGUGGCCUCCAUGGAUGCCAAAGACCUGGCCUUGCAGAUCUCGCCGCCUUGCCAAGUGCCUCCUCCCUCUGGGCCCCAGAGCCCAGCUGGCCCUCAAGGGCUCUCGGCCCCCGAGCAGCAAGAGGAUGAGGACAGCCUGGAGGAAGACUCGCCUCGGGCCCUGGGCUCGGGUCAGCAUUCGGAUAGCCACGGGGAGUCGUCAGCCGAGCUGGACGAGCAGGACAUCUUGGUUCCUCAGACUGCACAGUGUCCAGCCCAGGCCCCAGCAGGCAGCAGUGAGGAGACCAUCGCCAAAGCCAAGCAGAGUCGCAGUGAGAAGAAGGCCCGAAAGGCAAUGUCAAAGCUGGGCUUGCGGCAGAUUCAGGGAGUCACCAGGAUCACCAUCCAGAAGUCCAAGAACAUCCUCUUCGUCAUCGCCAAGCCUGAUGUCUUCAAGAGCCCAGCCUCAGACACUUAUGUGGUCUUUGGCGAGGCCAAGAUUGAGGACCUGUCCCAGCAAGUGCACAAAGCUGCAGCUGAGAAGUUUAAGGUGCCCUCAGAGCCCUCGGCCUUGGUCCCUGAGUCAGCACCCAGGCCCCGGAUGAGGCUGGAGUGCAAGGAAGAGGAAGAGGAGGAGGAGGAAGAGGUGGACGAGGCGGGGCUGGAACUGCGUGACAUUGAGCUGGUGAUGGCGCAGGCCAAUGUGUCCAGGGCCAAGGCCGUGCGGGCUCUGAGAGACAACCACAGUGACAUUGUCAACGCCAUCAUGGAACUGACCAUGUAGCCACUGACCGGAAGCUGGAGCCAUCCUACGCCUUCCCUCAGCUCUGCUACUCAAUAAAUCGGUGUCCCUCCA